ACCGGUAGAAGACAGAAACCCAGAAGCUCGGAAAAAUGGAAACGGUAAUCGGUGGAUACGACAGUAUACCUACAAAAAUGCCGACGGCCAUUUAAUUGAUCUUCGACAUGAUUCAGCCCGCACCUAUGCUGAAGAAGGUGGUAGAGGCACUCAAGAACCUCAUGUUAACGCUGGACCACAUGGUGAUAAACUCAAGCAACAUUACUAUUAUGGCGAACAACCAGGUGAUAACAAUAAAUAG